AUGGAGAAUUUGCUUAGAGAAAUAUAUGAAAAUGAUGGUACCAACGAAGAAUUGAAUCUUAUUCCAAUUAAAAUGCCCAAAACUAAACGGUUAAUUAGAUGGAUAAAAGGAAAAUUUAAAUGUCAAAAAGAUAAAAAACAAUUCUCAACAACUAAGACCAAGGAUACAAUUUUAACGGAUAAAAAAAAUAAGGAUUUGUCGUUGGUCGAAAAAGAUAAAAGUUCUUUUUUAAUCACUGAGCCUGACAAAAGCCAAAUUUUAAUUGCUAUGCAAAAUAAAAGUCGUAUUUAUCAAUUCGAAAAUUUGCCUGUGCCAGUAAAUGCAACUCAAG